AUGGCGGAGCUCAAUGCUUUGCCGCUCCGGCUGAAGAACUUCUUCGCUCGGUAUCCUCCUCAGCUCUACUCUGCAAAAUUCACGGGAAUCACGAUACCGUUGACAAGGAGAGAGGCGAAGGAGGCAGCCGUCGCCCGAGCGGCUGAACUACAGAACCAAGUAUCUGCGUCUUCACCACCUUCACGUCUCGUCGCGAGCAUCCUUGCACAGCCUAUAUCAGUAUCCGCCACAGCGCCCCCUCCACAGUCGGACUCAUCAAUAGCAGAGACAACUGAGGAAGCAUCUGCACCGAUGUCGACGUCUAACGCCCUGCAGAAAUUCCCGCCAAACCCCUUCCUCCCCCGCAAAAACUUCGUAACCGGGCGCUGGGCCGGCCCCAAGAUCGGUCUGCGUCGGCAGGCAGAUCUUGUGAAACUCGCAAAGGAUUUGGGGAUAGAAGAAUUACUUCCGCCCGGGCGAAAAUCCUCUGUGUUUAAGGAGUCGCGGUUGCUGCAGAGGGGACUGAGGAUUAGAGGGACGGGCGAGGGACAAAAGGUCAAGGGCCACAAGUGGGAGAGACAUAUGGGAGCGACGUUGGAGAAGAGGAGGAAGGCAAUGGAAAGCAUGCCGGAGUUGAUCAGAGAGUGGAAACAGAAGGGCCACGGGCGUGGUUGGAAGAAGUAUCCAAAAUAG